GUCACCAUGGGUGGUGUAACGGGACCAGUUUUCCUGUGGCUGCAAGUUGUGUUGGGGGUAACUCUCCACAGAGCCCGUCGUACUUUACUGCAGGCUGCUAUCCUCUUCUGCGUUUUAGCGCUGCUGGUCUGGGUGGCCGUCUUCCUCUAUGGUAGCUUCUACUACUCCUAUAUGCCCACCGUCAGCUUCUCUACACCAGUGCACUACCACUACAGUUCCGACUGUGAUGCUCCCAAUUCCGUCCUCUGCUCUUUCCCUGUGGCUAACAUCUCACUGCUGAAGAAUGGCAAAGACCAGGUUAUGAUCUAUGGUCAGCCAUAUCGAAUCUCUUUAGAGCUGGAAAUGCCUGAGUCGCUUGUCAACAAACAGCUUGGCAUGUUCAUGAUUAAGAUGUCUUGCUACACCAACGAUGGCCAGACAGUUGCAGCUGUGGUGCGCUCUGCUAUGCUGCACUACCGCUCUAGUCUUCUGGAGACCUUGAAUACUUUACUGUUCUCUCCUCUCCUGCUAACUGGGAUGACGGAGCAGAAGCAGCUCGUUGAGGUUGAGCUCUUCUCACACUACAAGGCCAAUUCUUAUCAACCCACUGUUGGCGCUGUCAUUGAGAUUCAGUCUCAGCGGGUGCAGGUCUAUUCAGUUCAGCUCAGGAUCCAUGCUUUCUUCACUGGCAUCAGAUACCUCCUGUACAAUUUCCCGGUGACGUCUGCAGUGAUCGGUGUGGCCAGCAACUUUGCCUUCCUCAGUGUCAUUGUGCUCUUUGGAUACCUACAGUUUAUAUGGGGGGGACUUUGGCCUCCCGAGCAGGUCAGAGUCAGGGUUAUGAUGGGAGACACGACUCGCAUGCAGUGGAGAAGAGAAGAGGCUCGGAAGCGCAUGUCCUUCUCACAAACUAAAAUUCCCCAGAAAGACAAUGAUCAUGUUGCUGAGCAGUUGGAAGAACCUAGACAAGAAGCAUCAGUAAUACAGAAAGGUGAGGGUGUGACUGUGUGAAUGAAAGUGUAUACACGAGUAUAUUAAACCAAUAUGUUGCCAAAACUUUUUUGGCAACCUGACCAAAUUUACAUAGAAAUGUGAGUUAUAAAUGUGUAAUUCUCAUUGAAAGCAAGUCUAAGAAGCGAUAGAUCUGUUCUGUGCGCAGUGGCGAUUUUAGAAUGUAAAUUUCAAUUAUGAAAUUGAUGAGCAAGCUAAGAAUAACUUAGUCAAUAUAACUAUUUGUUCACCAUUUUUCAAAUGUACAGCGACAGAAUUCAGGACA